UGGUUCUAGGGUCCUGAUUCCACCCAGCCCAGCCCCCAAGGCUCCAGGCCAUAUCCCCAUAGGAGAAGUGAGCCUGGAUAGUUUCCAGGAUGAGUCCCCUGUAUGUCUGAUGAUGUCACAAAGCCUCUCUACUGCAGGCUCCUCCCACCGGCUAGUACCACCCACCCUCACCGGGCCAUGGCCAAGGCCUCUGUCUCCUAGCGUUGGGGAAGGCCCACCCUCUGUGACUGCUGAGCUCCAGGGACCUGUGAAACCCAAGAGACCAAGGCCUGUGGGCUGGGGGACCAGGCAGGCCACAUACCUGGAUCCCUGACUCUGUGCUGCGCCCACCCCUCCUGCAGCCACCAUGAACUGGCUCCUGAACAUCGGGCGCUUGGAGCCUUUCCAGAGCCCCCUGAAAUGGGUCCCCGUUCUGGGCGAGCUCCAGAAGACCCUCCAGAAGGGCGAGUACCUGCCCCUCCGCCCGCUGCCCAUGUUCGAGAGUAACUUUGUCCAGGUAACACAUCGAGGGGGGCCCGUGUACCUGCAUCAUGGCUCCAACCGCCUGACCAUGGGUGUGGCCGCCACCCUGCCUGGCCUGGUGCUGCCAGACAUCCUGCUGAUCGCAAAGCCCCCCGAGGGCAGGGACUCUUCCAACCUCAUCCUCACCAGGAUGAUCCCGCUGGACCUGGUCCACCUGUACGUCCACGACCUGGCCGCCUGGCGCCUGAAGCUGCGCCUGGCCACCGGUCGCUACUACUACCUGGAGCUGGACGCCCCGGACUACGAGGUGGGCUUCUUGUUUGACCGCUGGAUCCGCCUUAUCAAUCUGCUUCAGGAGCCAUCCACCAGCUGGGCCCCCAGGACCCUGCACACUCCGCCUCCGGGGGACCUGUCCCGGUCCUCACCUUUCGCCUCCACCUGGCGCCUCCAGAUACUGCCCCUACUGGUCCGAGUCGGGACCCACGCUGCCUCCUCCCUGAGGCUCCCUAACCUUCCGUCUCCUCUCUUCCCAGUCAGGGUCACCAAGCCUGUCUUUCCUUACAAGCUGCUGUUCUCCCAGAGACAACGGAAGGCCAAGGCUCUAAAGCGAAAAUUCAAGUCUCAGGCCGUGGGUGACUCUGUGCCUCUCAUCUGGUCGCAGCUGGAAUCGACUGACAGUAGGAAGAAGCCUACAGAAAAGAGGUGGGCUUGCUCCUCCCCUCGCUGUAAGAGCACCCGAUCCCUCUGCCCCAGUAGUGAACCCCCUUGUGGGUCUGGCCUUUCCCUGGGGGCUCAGGCUGCUCUCCCCGCAGAGAAGCCCAGCAUCACCAUCCGGACCAUCUUCAGCAUCAUUUCCAGCACGGUCAACCAGAAGGAGUCCUCCAAGGCCAGCUAUAUACUGGGGACCGGGGGCUCAGACUUUUGGCUCCUGUCCCCUGUCUGCUCGCAGGUCCACUUGUCUGAGUCUGGGAGGGUCACUAUCUCCAGGUGCAUGAUGGAGACCCCUUCUCACUGCAUCUCAGAGGACAGCCCUGAUUUCUCCUCAACGAUCUCCUAUGACCAACUGGAGCAGUACCUGUGGCAGCAGGACAUUGAAGACCUCAUGGAUGCCACGUCCACCACCUUGACCUCGUCCUCCUUCUCCCCGACUACUCACACCACCACCUUCUACCGGGGUACACCCUACCCCUCCCUCCACAGGCACAAUAUCCAGACCAGGCCACCAGCCUCUCAGAAGGCCCUGUCUGUCCCUGCCACAUCUGGGAAGACUCCAUUCAUCCUUGACCAGUCCCAGAAGGUUGCCGCUGUACCUGCUGUGCCCCAGAAGGUCUCAAUUGUUCCUGUUGUUCCCAAGAAGGCCACUGUUGUCCCUGACUCAUCCCAGAAGGCUCCAGCUGAACAUGCCCCACCCCAGAAGUCCCCAGCUGUACCUGCCCCAUCCCAGAAGGCCCCAGCUAUAUCUGCUGUUCCUCAAAAGGCCCCAGCUGUACCUGCUGUUCCCCAGAAGGACCCAUUUGUCUCUGUCCCAUCUCAGAAGGCCAUGCCUGUCCCUGUCCCAUCCCAGAAGGCCCCGGUUGUUUCUGUUCCAUCCCAAAAGGUCCCUCGUAUUCCUGUCCCAUCUCAGAAGGUCCCACCUGUCACUGUCCCAUCCCAGAAGGCCCGAGCUAUACCUGCCCCAUCCCAGAAGGCCCCAGCUGCAGCUGCCCCCUCUCAGAAAGCCCCAGCUGUACGUGUUAUUCUCCAGAAGGCCCCAGCUGUCUCUGUCCCAUCUCAGAAGGCCCUGCCUGUCUCUGUCCCAUCCCAGAAGGCCCCAGUUAUUUCUGCCCCAUCCCAGAAGGUCCCUCAUAUUCCUGUCCUAUCUCAGAAGGCCCUACCUAUCACUAUGCCAUCUCAGAAGGCCCCAGUUGUCCCUGUCCCAUCCCAGAAGGCCCCAGUUGUUCCUGUCCCAUCCAAGAAGAUCCCCCCUGUCCCAUCCCAGAAGGCCCCAGUUUUUUCUGUCCCAUCCCAAAAGGUACCCCCUGUCCCUGUUCCAUCCAAAAAGGCCCCUCAUGUUCCUGUUCCAUCUCAGAAGGUCCCACCUGUCAUUGUCCCCUCCCAGAAGACCCAAGGUGUUCCUGUCCCUGUCGCAUCCCAGAAGGUUCCACCUGUUUCUGUCCCGUCCCAGAAGGCCCCUCCUCUCCCUGUCCCAUCCCAGAAGGCCCCAGCUGUCCCUGUCAUUCUCCAGAAGCCCACGUCCUCCCCUACCCCAAACAGGAAGUCUUUCUUCCUACCUACCCCAUCCCAGAAGGCCCUGACCUCACCUGCCCAAUAUCAGAGAGCAUUCAGCCCACUCACCUCAUUGGAGAAGAUCCCUGCCGACACCACCAUGUUGCCAGCAGGAAGUCACAGAGUAGACAUGCUGGAGAGAAGCCAACCUGAAGUGAGACCUGAGCCGGUGGUGAUAAUGGGUGCCCAGGAGACGAAUGUGGUAGAGCAGAGGACCCAGACUCGGUCCCUGGAGUUGCCCUCCGGCAUGACCAAGAAGAUGUCUGCAGAGGUCCUGGUUAGCAAAACCCGGGAGGUGACCUUAGAGGGCUUGAAGGGCAUGGGGAAGUCGGAGGACAAAUUCUACAAGAAGAAGGAGGAGAUCAUUGUGGACCUUCCGGGCCUCAAGUCCAAGGAGAUGGAGCAGCAGAAGAGGUGGAUCAACACAAAGGAGCUGAGCCUCCACGGACCUGCGCUGGAGCACAGUAGGCCCUUCUCUGUGGAGGGCCUUGCCCUCACCAAGUUGAUGGUCAUGGCGAACUCCAAAGAGCAGCACUCGAGGCCUGCGGUGACUACUCUGCCCUCCUGGCUCUCCAUGAAUUCUGAGGAGUCCUGUUUGUCUAGGGUGCCCUCAGUUUCCCCCAACCACAGCCAGUUGUCCUGGCUGAAGAGGUCACCGGUGGUGGUGAGGGAGCAGCCAGAGUUAGUCACCUGGGUAAAAGAGAGCACGCAGCACUGGGUGGCUGUGGAGGAGCAGGCCUGGGACCCAGAGGAUGGUUCUAAGGUGUCUUUGAGGUCCUUGCCUCCAUCUACCAGCCUGAGUGUGGAGAGUGGUCCCCAGCCUCCCAUCCCUCUGCCCGCCUCUAAGUGGGAGGACCUGCCACAGCCACCCAUCCCACUGCCCCCAUCAAGGAUGGAGGCCCCGACCAGGAUGCCCCAAGAGACCGUGAGGUUAUCUCAACAGCCCAUUCGGAUACCCAACCAGAAGCCCCUGGCCAUGAUGGGGUCAUCCUCAGGCAUUCUCUUGCCCAUGCAUUUGGAAACUGAGAGUGUGAGAGAUACGGCCACCCAGGUGGAGGUGAUAAAAGAGGAUUUGGGCAUCUUGCCUGCCCUGUCCAGGUAUUUUGGGUAACAACCAACCUUUACUGCCAACUCCAUUAUCUGUGAGAUAGGGACGAUUGUUCCUUUUCCACUUUUUUUCAUGCACUCAAUAUCUCUAUAUUGAGUGUCAGCUAUGUGCUAAGCAUUGUUCUAGACACUAGGGAUAUAGCAGUGAGCAAUAGGGGACUGUCCGUACUGUCUUUGAGGUAGAGACAAUCAUUCCCUCUUUCCACUUUUCUUCAUGCGUUCAAUAUAUAGUGUCGACUAUGCUAGGGUUUAUGCUAGGCAUUGCUGUAGGCACUAGGAAUAUAGCGGCAAGUAAUGGGGGAAGGUGUGCUACUGACAUCUAGUGAGUGGAGGCCAGGAAUGCUGUUGAACAUCAUACAAUGCCCAGGACGGCCCCUCCCCGCCACCACAACAAAGAAUGCACUGGCCCAAAAAUGUCAAGAGUGCUGAGGCUGGGAAACCCUGUCCCAGGCUGGGUGUCAGACAAUAAAAAACAAGUUAAUUAUAUUGAACAUUAAAAGGCGACAAGUUCUAUGGGAAAAGAGCAGCGUAAGGAGGAUCAGGAGUGUAGGGUAGGCAGUUUGCUGUACUGGAUUGGGUGGUCUAGAUAGGCCUCACUGAGUUAGUGUCAUUCGUGUGAAGCCAUCUGAAGGGAGGGAGGAAGCCAUGGGGACAUCGCGGGGGGAGGGGAAGGGCAAGCACUCCCAGCAGAAGGAAGGGCCAAUGUAAAGUCCCUGAGGCAGGAGUGUGCAUGAAGGAAUAAAAAAAUACAGGGUGAGAUACAGAGUAAGCAAGGGAGGCAGGGGAGGGAAAGUAGGAAAUGGGGUCAAAGGGGUAACGGGGAGCUGGUUCGUGUAAGACUGACCUUGCAGGCAAUUAUAAGGAAUUUGGCUUUGAUUCUGAGUGAGGUGGAGUAUUUUGAUGAGGAGAAUGGUGGGAACUAAUUUAUGUUGGAAGGGGCUCUGUCUGUCUGGGGUGUGGAAAAUGUGGAGGGGGAAUGGGUGCAACAGGGAGUCCGUUGCAAUACCCCAGGCUUGAGAUGAUGGGGGUUUGGACAAGAGUGGAGGUGCUAGAGGUAUUGAGAAGUGGUGGGAUUCCAGAGGUAACUUUGAGGUUUGAGCCAACAGAUUGGUUCAUAGAUUGGACGUAUGAUGUGAAAGAAAGAGUGGAAUCAAGGAUAACUGUGAGGUUCGGGGUUCUGAGACUCUGGAAGGAAGUAGGGGCCAUCAACGGCAAUGAGGAAGAUGGUAAAUGGAGUAGGUUUAGGCGAAAAGAUCAGGAAUUACGUUUUGGAUGUCAUGAUUUUGAGAUGUCAGGAGAAGCCACUGGAAUAGGCAGUGAGUGGAUGCGUGCCUCUGAAAGUUCAGGGGCGUCAUCGGCGUAUGGACAGUACUUAAAGCUAUGAGACUGGAUGAGGCCAUCAGCGAGUGAGUGUAGACAGAUGUUUUAGUUAUCUAGUGUUGCUGUAACAGAAAUAUCACAAAUGGAUGGCUCUAACAGAAAUACAACAGUCUUUACACAAGCAGAUUGCCAGGCCUUUCUUCUAUGAUGCCACUGGGUGGGCUUGAACCUCUAACCCUUAGGUUAGCAGCCAAUCACAAACCCACUUUUGCCACUCAAGGUCCAGGAGCAGGAUUCCCAUUGCCAUUGAGUUGAUUCUGACUCGUAGCAACCCUGUAGGCCAGAGUAGAACUGCCCCCAUAAGGUUUGCAAGGCCGUAAAUCUUUAUGGAAGCAGAUUGUCACAUUUUUCUCCUACCGCUGAACUUUCAGUUAGCAGCAGAGCACUUUAGCCACUGUGCCACCAGGGCUCCUUGGGAGCAGGGUUAAGUGUAUAAAAAAAGAGAGGGAUUGACACACUACGAAGUGGAUGGAUCUUGAAAAUGUUACAGUGACAAAAGCCAGAUACGAAAGGCCACAUAUUGUAUGAAUCCAUUUGCAGGAAAAAUUCAAAGUAAAUCCACAGUGACAGAGAGUAAAUUAGUGAUUGCCCGAGAAAUGGGGGGAAUGGAGAGUGAUGCUUAGUGGAUACAGGGUUUCCUUCUGGAGUGAGGAGAAUGUUCUGGAAAUAGUGGUGCUAGCUGCACAAUAUCAGGAAUGUACUUAAUGCCAUGGAUUGUACAUUUUAAAAUGGUUAAAAUGGUGAAUUUUAUGCCAUGUGUAUUUUACCAUAACUUAAAAAAAAGAGAGAGGACUGGGAGACAAGCCUAUUGAAGAAUUUUGGUAGAAGGGGAGAGAAGUGGAGAGGUAGCUGGUGGAGGAAGUAGAGACAAGAAAGGGCUUUUUAAGAGGCAAGAAAUAUUCUGACAUUUGGAUCUGGCCUGAAUGACCCACAGUCAGGCCUGAUAUUAAUGAGGCAGGAGGGAGGGAAAUCUAGUAGGGAAACUGAGUUUGAUUCCAAGAAGUGAGGCCACUUGCUCAGGGGUUUGUAGGAGGUGGUGGGGACCCAGAUUCCAGCCCAGGCUGAACUGUCUUGAGUCAUGUUGUUAAUUGCUAUAGAGUCAGGUCUGAUAAAUGGUCACCCCAUGCAUCAACAGAACUAAAUGCUGCCUGGUCC